UUGGUGAACGUAUAAUAUCCGUAUAAAUCACGUAUCCGAAUAAUUGACAAAUCCGUUUUUUCGCCCUUUUAGAAGACGAAUUUUAUCCGAAUUAUAUCCGUACUGAAUUUUUGCCGAAUCCGAAUUAACUAACUAUGAUCCUGACGAAUUGAGCCCGAUGUUGGACUAUUACUAGAGGAUUUGGGUUGAGUAUCCGAUAAUUAAUCGUUGCCUUAGGAUCCGGCCCGUUAAUUGCCGCCACUGUGUAACAAAAACCCUUUCCAAAAUGCAUUUCGCUCUAUCUCUUCCUCGCCCCUCUCGACCACUUCUCUCUACUUCGAUCCUCUCCCCCUACUUCUCUUCUUCUUCUUCUGAUGCAACAGUAGAUUUUGAUGGGACCAACAUUGGCUCUCGAUGGUAGGAGAUCUCCUACAACUUCACCAGCAUGCACGAGUAAAUUGCAUGACUCGGUCGUGGUCCCGCAAAAGCUGUUCGCAUCAGUCACCAUGGGAGAGGAAAAGCCUUUUGAUUUUCUCCGCACUUUGUUUGAGGGUGUUAUCGCUGGAGGCACUGCUGGUGUUGUUGUUGAAACAGUUCUAUAUCCGAUUGAUACAAUAAAGACAAGGCUGCAGGCUGCUCGUGGUGGAAGCAAAAUUGAAUGGAAGGGCUUGUAUUCCGGAUUGGCUGGCAAUAUAGCUGGAGUGUUACCGGCAUCUGCUGUAUUCGUGGGCAUAUAUGAGCCUACAAAACAAAAGUUACUGGAAAUAUUUCCUGAAAAGUUUAGUGCUGUCGCUCAUCUGACUGCAGGGGCCAUUGGUGGGGCUGCUGCUUCUCUUAUCCGUGUUCCUACGGAGGUGGUUAAACAAAGGAUGCAGACUGGACAAUUUAGCUCAGCUCCAGAUGCCGUUCGGCUUAUUCUUGCAAAAGAAGGCUUCAAAGGUCUUUAUGCUGGCUACAGUUCCUUUCUGUUGCGAGAUCUACCAUUUGAUGCCAUCCAGUUUUGUUUAUAUGAGCAGCUUCGAAUUGGAUACAAGAUUGCGGCAAAGCGAGAGUUAAAUGAUCCAGAAAAUGCUGUAAUUGGAGCAGUAGCUGGGGCAAUAACUGGAGCUAUAACCACACCGCUUGAUGUGAUGAAAACAAGAUUGAUGGUUCAGGGUCAAGCAAAUCAAUACAAUGGGCUUCUAAGUUGUGCUCAGACUAUUCUUCGAGAAGAAGGCCCAGCUGCGUUUUUGAAGGGUGUCGGACCAAGAGUUCUGUGGAUCGGCAUCGGUGGGUCCAUAUUCUUUGGUGUCCUCGAGAGGACGAAACUCUUACUUUCUCAAAGGCGCUCCAAGCGCUCCAUAUCUGAAUCUUCAAAGGAAGAAUAAUACAAAUCUCUGAGUCUUCUCAUUGAAGUAUUAUGAUCCAGAUUGAAGACUUUACUACUAGGCCCAAUCAUUCUUCUGAAUUAUUUGGUGGGAAGAGAAGUAGCGCUAAUUUAUUUUUUAUUCUUUUGCUUCAAAUUAAGAUGCAGGGAGUUUUUGUAUGUCUGAUUUAAUGGUUCUACUUGUUAAUUUGUGGGAGAGAGAAAUAGGGCAAAUUUGGUACUAUGUAGUAGUAGUAGUAUUCGCUUUCCUGUUUUGUAAUUUAUAUUGAUAUUUAAGGCCAAAAUUAGGGAUUUGAAGCAUAGUGAAUUUUCAUAGCAUUAAGCGGUCUAAGUGUUUCUGCAUA